UAUAUCAAAAUGGUGUGAUUCACGUCUUAUUCACUAUAAAUAUUAUCAAAAAUAUAAACAAGAAAUUUAUGAGGCACUUUUUAUAUUUUUAAAAGUUGAUCAAACACAUAAAAUUCCCGUUUGAUUUUGUAUACAAGUAUCUUAUACUUAUUUUUUCUUCAAUAAUUCUCAGCCGAAUCAUAAAAUAACAAAAAUGACUUCUGCUCUUAACUUGGAACACUAUCUGAACAAUUUAGAGAAUCUUCCUGUUGAGUUACAACGAAACUUCACUCUGAUGCAAGAUCUUGACUCCAGAGUUCAAGAAUUAAUGCGCAACGUUGACAAACUGACAGACGAUUAUAUGUCAAAUUCCAAGGGAUACACAGCAGAUAAAAAACGCGAAAUGAUGACCAGCAUACAAUGUCAGUUUGACAAAGCGAAAGAAUAUAGCGAUGAUAAAGUUCAAUUGUCUAUACAAACUUAUGAAAUGGUAGAUAAACAUAUUAGAGAAUUUGAUUCAGAUUUAGCACGCUUUGAAGCUGAAAUUCAAGACAGAGUCAUUAGGGCUACAAGAAAUAUAGAAGAAAAUUCACAAAAACGAGAAUGUAAAAAGAUGAAAGACAAAGAAAUUAAAAAGAAGAGUGCAUCGAGUGAAGAAGAAACAGCUCCAAUAAAAACAUCUAAAAAGAAACAACUGAAAAAAGGAGUUACAAAAACAACAAGUGCAGCACCUAGUAAAACACCUUUAAUUAAUGUUGUCACUAAUCCAACAAACCCUACAAAUAGUGUAACCAGCGUUACAGUAGAAACUAGUUCCCUUACUGGUGCAUUAGUUGGUGCCGGAGGUGCACACUCGGCUGAAGUAUUAGAUAUGCCCGUUGAUCCAAAUGAGCCAACGUAUUGUUUAUGCAACCAAGUUUCUUAUGGAGAAAUGAUUGGCUGUGAUAAUCCUGAUUGUCCUAUUGAAUGGUUCCACUUUGCGUGUGUCAAAUUAACUACCAAGCCUAAAGGAAAAUGGUUCUGUCCUAAAUGUAUAACAGACAAAAAGAAAAAAUUCAUCGGGCAGUUACAUAAUAUCAUUGUUAUAUCAAAAUGGUGUGAUUCACGUCUUAUUCACUAUAAAUAUUAUCAAAAAUAUAAACAAGAAAUUUAUGAGGCACUUUUUAUAUUUUUAAAAGUUGAUCAAACACAUAAAAUUCCCGUUUGUUUUUGUAUACAAGUAUCUUAUACUUAUUUUUUCUUCAAUAAUUCUCAGCCGAAUCAUAAAAUAACAAAAAUGACUUCUGCUCUUAACUUGGAACACUAUCUGAACAAUUUAGAGAAUCUUCCUGUUGAGUUACAACGAAACUUCACUCUGAUGAGAGAUCUUGACUCCAGAGUUCAAGAAUUAAUGCGCAACAUUGACAAACUGACAGACGAUUAUAUGUCAAAUUCCAAGGGAUACACAGCAGAUAAAAAACGCGAAAUGAUGACCAGCAUACAAUGUCAGUUUGACAAAGCGAAAGAAUAUAGCGAUGAUAAAGUUCAAUUGUCUAUACAAACUUAUGAAAUGGUAGAUAAACAUAUUAGAGAAUUUGAUUCAGAUUUAGCACGCUUUGAAGCUGAAAUUCAAGACAGAGUCAUUAGUGCUACAAGAAAUAUAGAAGAAAAUUCACAAAAACGAGAAUGUAAAAAGAUGAAAGACAAAGAAAUUAAAAAGAAGAGUGCAUCGAGUGAAGAAGAAACAGCUCCAAUAAAAACAUCUAAAAAGAAACAACUGAAAAAAGGAGUUACAAAAACAACAAGUGCAGCACCUAGUAAAACACCUUUAAUUAAUGUUGUCACUAAUCCAACAAACCCUACAAAUAGUGUAACCAGCGUUACAGUAGAAACUAGUUCCCUUACUGGUGCAUUAGUUGGUGCCGGAGGUGCACACUCGGCUGAAGUAUUAGAUAUGCCCGUUGAUCCAAAUGAGCCAACGUAUUGUUUAUGCAACCAAGUUUCUUAUGGAGAAAUGAUUGGCUGUGAUAAUCCUGAUUGUCCUAUUGAAUGGUUCCACUUUGCAUGUGUCAAAUUAACUACCAAGCCUAAAGGAAAAUGGUUCUGUCCUAAAUGUAUAACAGACAGGAAGAAAAAAUAACACAUAUUAAAAAUGAUAUAAUUUUUUUUUAUUUUAUUUAUACAUACAUAUAAUGUAUAAUGUUAUGUUCAUUUUCUUACGGUAUAAGAACAAAUUAUUGUAAUUUGUAAUAUUUUCAUGAAUUGAAAACAUAAUAAGAAUAAAAUUUAAUUUCAAUAUAAAA